AUGUCUAUCAAAGAAGGUAUUCCAGAAAAUAUUGAAACAAUGAUUGAACCUCAACAAGAAAGUCAAUUAAUUGAAUUAAUUAAAUUAAUGAAAAAAGGUCAAGCAGAUAGAGCUUAUGCUGAAUUAACAAAUAACUUUCCAGAAUGGAUUGGGAAGAAUACAAGAAGUAAUACAUUAUUAUUUAAAGCAGUUGAAAUGGGGUUUGUGACUAUUGUAGAAAUCAUAUUACAACAUUGUCCAACAUUAUUAGAAAUUAAAGAUCCACGAGGAAAUACACCAUUUUUAAUAGCGAUUGAAAAAGGACAUUUAGACUUAGCAAUGACAUUACAAAAUAAAGGGUGUUGUAUUACAGAAACAAAUUAUUCUUCAGAAAAUGCCCUUCAUAAAUUAUCAUUAAUUAAACUUCAUAAAAGAGAUAUUCCAUUUGUUUCUUCUAUUAUUACUGCAUUAACAGAAAUAAAACAAAUGAGAGAUAAUCUUAAUGAACAAGAAAAAUGGGCAGGACGUGGCAUUGAUAUUAGAAAUCAAACAGGUGAAACUGCUCUUCAUACAGCAGUAAAAGAAGACAAUGUUAAAUUAUGUGAAUUACUUAUUAAAGCAGGGGCUGAUCCUACUGCAUUAAAUAAUGAUGGAAUAUCACCGAUAGUUUAUGCUGAAGCAAAUGAUGAAAGUUGUUUAAAAAUUUUUAAAGAAAGUGAACAAGUAAAAGCAGCAAUUAAAUUCGCAGAAGAAAAUCAAGAGAUUCAAUCAAGAAGAAUUGAAAGAGGAGGUUCAAAAAUCUUUACUGUAAUGAAUUCUAUUGAUGAUUCUGAUGAUGAUAGUAAAGAUAAAGAUAAAAAGAAAAUUGGAUUCUUCCAAAGUAAAAGUGAGAAGUAUGAAAUUUAUAUUGACAAACUACUUCAAGAAAAUAAACCUUCUAAAGAAUAUAUGUUAGAACAAAGGGCAGUUGGUGAAAAUAAAUUUAGGAUAUUGUCAUUAGAUGGUUGUGGAGUACGUACUCUUGUUCAAUUAAUUAUUUUAAAGAGAGUUGUAGAAAAUUUUCCACAUUUCUUAGAUAACGUUGAUAUGAUUUGUUCUGUUGGCGCAAGUACUCUCCCAAUAUUAAUGACACUUGUAGGAUAUGAUAUUGACACAGUCAUUAAAAUAUAUGAAAAGACAAUGAUUAAAGUUUUCUCAUCUACUUCACAUAAAGGAGGGGUUUUAUCAUAUAAAUAUUCGAGUAAAUUUAUUAAGAUUCUUGCUAAUAAAAUUUUUCAAGAUAAGAGACUUUGUGAUUUAAAAAGAGAGGUUGUUGUUCCAGUUAUUAAAAUAGAUUCUGGUAUUAAUGAUCCUAAUAGAAGAAUGAUACCAGUAUUAUUAAAUAAUAUUGUACUACAAAAAACAAAUACUGAUCUUGAUGAUAAUAUGAUUAAUAAUGAAGACCUUUUAUCUGAUGUUGUAUUACGCUCUUUUGCUACACCAGGACUAUUUACUUGUCAUCAAUCAUUUGUUGAUGGUUCAUUUCUUAUUAACCAACCAUUUGCUGUGGCAAAAUCAUUCUUUGACCCUAAAGAAAGUGUUGUAUUAAGUUUAAGUGGGGGAACAUAUAAAUCAUAUUUUGAUGCUGAAAAAUACACUGGGGCAGGUUAUGUUCAAUGGGCAACUUGUGUAACUGAUUUAUUUAAAACAGCAGGUGUUGCAUUAGCUGAUGAAUUUUCAAAAGUAUUAUUUGGACCAAGGGCUCAUAGACUUGAUCCUAAAUUGCCAUGCCAAAUUGAUGAUGACUCAUUUAAAGAUAUUGAACUAUUGAAAACAAUAGCAGCUAAAGUUGAUUUGUCUGCUACUGAAGAAUGGAUUUUGCAAAAUUGGUAA